AUGGAGAUGGACCUUCAGAAGACGAAAGAGGCUCGGCGGGAUACGCCUGGGCAACAAGAGGAAGGUACAGAUUGUCCCCUGGAGACGUACGGGGCAGGUGGUCACUCCAAGGACUCGCCGAAGAACGAUUCGCUCGGCCAUCGCGAUGCCAGCAGCUCCGGCGCAUCGGCAAGUGGAAGUCAACGUCGCCGACCAGUCGAACUGUCCUACAACCAUGACGCAUGCCCGAACGAGUCGGCGCCCCUACCUAUGACGGCCAGACUCCCUCUCCCGCCGUCCAGAACCAUGAUGAAGAUCCCCGAAGCUUUGAAUGUGGGUGCCAAGGAACAAAGGCUAUUGAUCUCGGCGAAGAGACACCCUCCCGUCACCAAAGGCACGCUGAGCGAGCUCGACCUACCCUGCAUCAUGAGCAAUAUCAACCUUCGCAUGGACGCCAACUUCGAUCGCGAUCUACAUUUCAAGCCCGAUCUGGAUGGGGAAAAGGGAAGACGCAAGCGGAAGGAAGCGAUGGACUACUGGGAGGCCAUGGCGGUCGAGAUUACCAUCUACGGAUAUUACGCCGCUCAAGGCGAGGAUAACACGAGUCGAGAUGUCCCGGUCGAUCGGCGAGGGUCCUUCGAGCCCCGGCUACCUGCCAUGUUCGAGACGUUGCAGGAAGUCUUGAAGACUCUCGUUCCGGAGCGCGACCACCCUAGCGUGAUGCAAAACCUUGAGGUGGCGCUGCUGAUGCAGCAAAUACAAAAGGGCGUUCUUGACAUGGUCGGAGUGGCCAAAUGGCUGGCGGCCCUGCUCAAAACCCAUUGCGCCCCCAUGCGCGAUGAAUGGGCCGACACGAUGGUUGAGCAGAUCAGCUCGGGGUCGCGAUCACAGAAUUCCACCGAAGUGGUCAGCGGUCUCCAGACGCUGUUUGCCAUUCUGGAAGCGAUGAAAUUGGACGUUGCGAACCAUCAAAUCCGCGCAUUUCGGGUACUUCUCAUUGAAGACACGAUCCCUUUCCUACAAGAUUACUUCCGAGGCAAAAUCGAAAGAGACAACUUUCGCGUCGAAUCCUCCCGACUCUGGUAUCUUAACCUUCGCGACCGAGAGCUGCGGCGCAUGGAGAAACCCCAGACCGACGCAUUUUUGCCCAUCUCGCUAUUGUUUCGAGGCGUGGCCGAAUCCCUGCUGCAGUUCCAUAACCCUGAGGGAUUCCCCGAAACCUUCAUCUUUGACUCGGACCGCUUGUGGCAGCUGCGCGCAUGUCUGCAGAACCUCAUCAACCUCGACAUUUGUUGGUUCAUCUUCCAAUCGUACAUCUUCAUGCAAAAGCGCUACCUCUCCGCACCGGAACAGACCUACGCCACGUUUCGCUCGCGCAUCGGGUCGCUGAUGGAGGAGAAUGAGGACUGCUUCCGAGGGUCACCGCAGUGGACGAAAAAUAUCCGCUGCAUUGCGCUGGAAAUCGCGCGAUUUGCCUGUGCGGCAUGCUCCUCGGACGCCAUGGUGUCGGACGAGCUGAUCGCCACUAUCGAGCGGCCCUUGGUGUGGCACCUGUCAAACGAGCGCGAGGUGUUCCAAUUCUUCCAAAAUUCACUGCAAGAAAAGCUGCUGGCCGCCACGUUUGCGUCGGCCAAGAAGUACCUGAAUAUGUCACCGCUGGCGAUCUGCGAGUCCCAGCGAAACCAUCCCCCGUCGCCCGUAUCGCAACAGCACUACUACGACGUGGAGCGCAUAUCCAUGCGCCUAGCACACAUGGGCGUUCUUCACUGGAAAGUGUGGGCGCCAAUUCUUUACGUGCGCGAGAGCGUGUCCCCGAGUGACGUGGCGACUCGUCCUGUAUCGGUGAUGAUGACUGACGUGGCGCGGUCAUCGUCGCGAUAA